UGCAGGCGUUCAGCUUGAACAAGCCCUUUGGUUUGCACAGCUGUGGUGAACCAUGAGAGAGGAGAAAUGGUUGAUCACAUUCCGUGUUAUUUUUUAAUACAUGCUCUUAUGGAUCAUUUAUUGCCCGUGGUUUGGCUUAGACUUCAAUUUGUCCUGCCAUUGCUGACUCUUGUAAGCGUCAGCUGUUCUGGAAUAAGAUAGCUGAGAUUGAUAAUGAUCCUUGUUUGAGGCCUGCUCUCUCAGCCCCGUCUGACCCUAUAGUAAAGUGACACCACCAGACACUAUCUGAGGUCAAGAGGGAGCGGCGCAUCAUAGCCUGUUCGGGUGUGAGGGGCCACCGAGAGAGAGAGAGAGUGUGAGACUUGGAGGUAUAGGCUUCCACUGACUGCUUACGGAGUAUAUUGGUCAACAUUAACAGAAGAUGGAUGAUAUGAAUGGCUUCAUCAUCAAUGAAAAAUGACAUGAUCUAUACAAGACCACGAGACAGGGAGGUGAAGGAGAAAUGGUGUGAUGCACCUUUAACAGUAGAGGUCCUAGAAACUGCAGCUGGCUUAACUAGAUUAGAGUUAAUUCGAUUGGAGGACGUCUUGUGAUGGCUCUGUAGAUGUGCCCUAAUCAGCAGGAGGACAAGGAGGAUGAGAGGGAUGAAGGCUCACAUUUAACAUUCAUAUAUGGACAAUGGUGUGGCCUUUGUCUCUGUUAUAAGCCAAGUCAGAGUGAGAGGACUCCAUACAAGGAGCCAAGAGGUCCGUUUGGAUUCGUAUUCCACAGAUCGUUUUCUUAACACAAGAGACUUGGUCCACAGAAAAGUCUGCACUCUGCAACUUAAGGCCCAACACCAUGACGGAACACCAGGAGCAGAAUGACGAGGGAGUCCUCAUCUCAACACAGGACCUGGAGACCUCAAAACACCAGGAUACUCAAGGAGGCCAUCCACAGUUCAGGUUGAUUGACGACCUGUCAUAUGAAGAUGUGAAGAAAUGCUACAGGGGUUCGUCUGUGUCUUGCAGUGGGGUCCGCCACGCCGUCGAUGUGUGUGUGUGUGUGUGUGUGCGGCUGUGUGUGCGGCUCCAGCAUGCUGAGUCUGGUGCAGCAGAGCUCUCGUCCUCUGAGAGAGAGGGCGGCCGCCGGUUUGCCGGUGGAAGGAGGCCAGCCAAGGAACUGCUCAUGACUCUGCCCUGUCCCUCUGCUCAGACUGUCAGCAAGUACAACUCGCAGUACCACAAACUCUUCCAGUGCGUUCCGAAGGACGAGAUCCUGAUGAAAGUAUACUCCUGCGCUCUGCUCCGAGACAUCCUGCUGCAAGGACGUCUUUAUAUCUCCAGGAACUGGCUGUGUUUCUAUGCCAACCUCUUUGGCAAGGACAUCAAGGUUGCUAUCCCCGUGGUCUCUGUGAGGCUGGUAAAGAAGCACAAAACAGCAGGUCUGGUGCCCAACGGCCUCGCCAUCACCACAGAUACCAGUCAGAAGUAUGUCUUUGUGUCUCUGCUGUCCAGGGACAGUGUGUAUGAUGUGCUCCGGAGGAUCUGCACACACCUUCAGGUCAAUGGGAAGAGUCUGAGCUUGAAACACUACAUGGAGGUUCCCCAUACCUUAUCUCUGGAUGAGUUCCCGGUGGCGGAUGAGUUCCCGGGGGCGGAUGAGUAUCCUCCGGUGCUGAAGUGGAGGAGAAAACCCUCUGUGGUGUCCGUGUCCUCGUCCCUCCCUGACCUCCUGGGUAGCUCCACCGGUAGCCUGACUGCGGUGGACUCCUCCUUCCAGACAGACCAGCCUCUGGAAGACCGGGGCUCAGAGACAGAGAAGAUCCUACUAACAGAGCCUGUUCCAGAGCUGGGCCCGAUGGAGUAUCAGCUUCUCAAGUUCUUCAUCAUACUAAUCAUCCUCCUCAUCCUGUCUUCCUGUUACCUGGCCUUCCGUGUCUGCAGCCUGGAGCACCAGCUGUCCUUCCUCAACAACCCAACACGCCCCCCCCGAGAGAGGAUUUUACUUCACUGUAGACUAGAAGAGGGCAAACCCCCAACUCCACCAUUUUGUUGUAGGUCAAAGACAAUGGCAGGUGAAAGACAAUGGGCAGGCCGAUUGAAGAGCCAGAAAACUACACUCAAACCAAUUGUGGAUGGACUGAAAAGCCAGAGAUUGGUGGAAAUGGCUGGGAGUCAGGACUGGGAAGGACUCUGAUUGGUGGAGGGAUAGGUGGAAAUGGUUGGGAGUCAGGACUGGGAAGGACUCUGAUUGGUGGAGGGAUUGGUGGAAAUGGUUGGGAGUCAGGACUGGGAAGGACUCUGAUUGGUGGAGGGAUUGGUGGAAAUGGCUGGGAGUCAGGACUGGGAAGGACUCUGGUUGGUGGAGGGAUUGGUGGAAAUGGCUGGGAGUCAGGACUGGGAAGGACUCUGAUUGGUGGAGGGAUUGGUGGAAAUGGUUGGGAGUCAGGACUGGCAAGGACUCUGAUUGGUGGAGGGAUUGGUCUGAUGGUUUUAAUGGAAGAUUUCUGGACAUGUUCGCCAACAUUAGAGUCAACUGUGUUUUUUCCCUCCUGUCAACUCAACCAGGAAUGAACUACAGGACUUCAGAGAAAAGUCAAAACCAGUCAUCUUUCAGAAAUAUAUAUAUAUAUAGUACUUUCAAGGAAAGGAUUUGGAUGCAUUAACACACUGACAGUGGAAGAAGCCAAUAUCGUUGGCUUUACAGAAUUUAAAUUUAACUUAUUUUUUUAUAUUUUUUUUAUUUUACUAGGCAAGUCAGUUAAGAACAAAUUCUUAUUUUCAAUGACGGCCUAGGAACAGUGGGUCAACUGCCUGUUCAGGGGCAGAACGACAGAUUUUGUACCUUGUCAGCUGGGGAAUUUGAACUUGCAACCUUCUGGUUACUAGUCCAACGCUCUAACCACUAGGCUACCCUGCCGCCUAGUGGUUAGGAUCAGUCUACUAUUUCAAAUGUUCAUCGUCAUCAAUGAAGUCUAACUAUGAUGCCAUUCUAACAGGCAUGUUAUUCCUGGAAACCGGUGCAAUACAAUUAUGCAAAAUAUCCAGCCUAGACUGACUUUUUAAAUGUUGAAAUAUUGUCCUUUAACUCUGUUUGUGUUAUCAUGACACCACAGGUAUAUGUUUACCAUAAUGGGUAGGAUGGUACUUUUUCAUGUCUGAAAAAUAUAGUUUAGUAUAACAUCUUGUCUUUUGUUUUAAUUUGUAUAAAUGCCAGUUGUCAGCUUUGUAUUGUAAGCUACCUUUAGCCAGACACAAUGUGUCACAGUGAGUGAUCAGUCUCCUAUCUAAAUACUGAACACAGUCGUCUGAAUGACUAAACAAUGAAGACAUGGACUGAAGUGAACUUAAAGUGAACAGAUUCAACUUAAAAGUUCAAUCUGCAUUUCAGUCGGGAAGAAAACUAGCCAAAGAUUUAUAGUCAUUUUACUCAAUGUCUGAACAGAUGCAUUAGGAACAAACACACCCCACUUUGAUUAUUACAGUAAUAUUGUUGAGGAAACAGAG